AUGACGAUUCCCGUUGAUCAGCUCGUUCCAGCUGCCCCCGCCGGCGGAGGGGAAUUCCCAGCUCAAUGCCGCUUCGUCCUCCCAUGCCUGGUCCCCGAUUUUUCCCAGCAGAACGGCGGCGACGGCCGCCGACUCCACCGAUGGAGGCUGGUUCCCCUUGUGCCCAAUUUGGGUGGAGGAACGACCACAUUGAGGCAGCUGAUAGCCGCCGCCGGCGGCGGCAGCGGCGGAGUUCGCGGUGCUGAAAUUUACCGUUCCUCGGCUGCCAAUUUGGAUUCCAGAAAGCGGCCCAGGACGAUUACCGGAAAGCCCAGUGAGCUGGAAAUUCCACAACCGCCACCGCCAGAGUCCCCUGUUUCCGUGAGCGAAGAUUCGGGCCCCGAAUCAGAGGACUCGGAGCCCCGCAAACGGGCGAGGAGGUCCGAAGAGCCCGAUCCGAAACCGGCAGCCGUUGCCCCUGUACCAUUGAUCAUUGACGUCGACGACGACGACGACGACGAGGAGAAGGAAAAAUUUCCCCCCACCGGGCUGACCUUCUCCGACGAAUCGCGGCGGGCGGGUCACCCGGACCCGGGAAGGACCCGGCUCGCACCGGCAAAACAGAGCGAGAGCGAGACGUGGAGGAAGCUGACCCGGAUGAGAAAUUAUACCCGGGAAGACGAGGAAGAAGAGAGGGAGAAAGGGGUUAGCACAAAACUGAACCUUUACGAGGAUCCAUGGACGAUUAGGCAGAGGGUCAAGAUGAUCGAAGCAGAGGACCCGAACCCGAUGCUGGCGCUCCACGCGAAUGCAGGGAGGUACGUCGCCGGGCUGUUGACCAAGGAGGAUCUGGCGAGGCUGGUCAACGAUCGGAGGCCGGUGAGGGUGCGGAUUUGGGACGUCGACACGGAGAGUGAGCACGAGGCGGAGCUGGUGCGGAGGCGGCUGUGGUUCGGGUCGGGGAUGCACUGGGUCAUCGGUUUCGCGGGGGAUUGGUGGUCGGAGUUUGUUCGGAGGAGGGGAUUGGAGGAAGGAGAUGAGAUCGGGAUGAAUUGGGAUCGUCUUCAUUUCCGAUUCAAUUUCCGGCUGAUUGCGCGGGCCGCCGGCGGUAAUUGA